ACGCUCUUGGGAGAAGGAUGGAGGAGGAGCAGAGGCUCCGGGGGAGGCUGAGCCGCCGCAGGCCGCCCGCAGGGGGCGGGGCCCCCAACUGCCCGCCCUGGUUUCUCUUGGAGGACCGUAAGAGAGAGCCAUGGGCUGCCCUGCUGAGUAGCACUGUGAGCGGGAACGUGGAUUUGACCCCGAAAAUUGAGCCAUUGCCACCACUGCCAGCUUUGCCAGGCCAGGAGUCUCUGCCUGACUCAGAGCCUCCCGAGGUCUUCACUGUGGGAUCCAAGACUUUUUCCUGGACGCCUUUUCCACCUGCCCUUGGUGGUUCUGGAAACUCCUACCAGUUGACUGGAGGCUCCCUGGGGUCACCUACUCCAUCCUUGAAAGGAUAUCCUGCACCAGAUUCCCGGCAGAUUCCCAGCACGGAAGAGUGUGUGUCCGUGCAGAAUCCACCGGUGUUGCUGAACUGCCCAUUGUGCCAGAAAGCAUUUGACCCGAAGCUAGCCCAGCUGGAUGUGGAUAGCCACCUUGCUCAGUGCCUAGCUGAAAGCACAGAAGACGUGGUGUGGUGAGCGGCAGCGUGGUCUCCUGUCCCCUCCUCCCAGCGUACAUACUGACACAAGGAUGUGACUGCUGGGAUGUGUCUGUGUGGACAUUUAAGCACACGCUUCUGUGUCCAUGUGGACAUCUGAGCACAGGCUUCUGUGUCCAUGUGGACAUCUGAGCACAGGCUUUGCUUGUGUGGACAUCUGAGCACAGGUGCCUUCUGGUUUCAUUUGUGGGCACCGAGCAUAAUGCUGAUCGCUGUGGUUCAGACAGCACCAGGCCCUACCAUUGCCAGCUUAACUGGGUUUGGAAUCACCUAUCAGACAGACCUCAGGCUGUGUCUGUGAAGCUGUUUCCAGAGGUUAACUGAGAAUGGAAGACCCACCUUGGAUGUGGGUGUCCCGUCCUGUGGCCUGGGGUCUCACUGAAUGAAAAGGGAAAAAGGAGAAAUCGAGCUGCUUCCUGACUGGGGACGGAUGCUCUUCUCACCUGGCCACCAGAGCUGCAUUUGCUGCUGUGCCUUCCCUGCCGCGAUGGACUGUACCUUCAACCGUGAGCCAGAAUAAAUCUUUUGUUAAAAAGUAUUUAUUUAUUAUGUAUACUACAUUCUGCCUCCAUAUAUGCCUGCAGUCCAGAAGAGGGCACCAGAUCUCAUUACAGAUGGCUGUGAGCCACCAUGUUGUUGCUGGAAAUUGAACUCAGGACUUCUAUAAGAGCAGUCAGUGCUCUUAACUACUGAGCCGUCUCUCCAGCCCCUCGAAUGAAUCUUAAGUUGCUUUGAUCAAGUAUUUUGUCAUGGCAAGAAGAACCCCACCCAGGCAGGGGAGCCAGACUGUCACAAGGCAGAAUUGGGUAUUUCUACCCAAGUCAGCAUUUACACACAGGCAAUACCCUUCUCCUGACUAAGACUGAUAAAAAAGACAAAGCUAA